UGUGAAUCCAUCUGGUCCUGGACAUUUUUUGGUUGGUAGGCUAUUAAUUAUUGCCUCAAUUUCAGAACCUGUUAUUGGUCUAUUCAGAGAUUCAACUUCUUCCUGGUUUAGUCUUGGGAGGGUAUACAUGUCCAGGAAUUUAUCCAUUUCUUCUAGAUUUUCUAGUUUAUUUGCAUAGAGGUGUUUAUAGUAUUCUCUGAUGGUAGUUUGUAUUUCUAUGGGAUCAGUGGUGAUAUCCCCUUUAUCAUUUUUCAUUGCAUCUCUUUGAUUCUUCUCUCUUUUCUUCUUAAUUAGUGUUGCUAGUGGUCUAUCUAUUUUGUUGAUCGUUUCAAAAAACCAGCUCCUGGAUUCAUUGAUUUUUUGAAGGUUUUUUUUUUUUUGUCUCUCUGUCUCCUUCAGUUCUGCUCUGAUCUUAGUUAUUUCUUGCCUUCUGCUAGCUAGCUUUUGAAUUUGUUUGCUCUUGCCUCUCUAAUUCUUCUUCUUCUUCUUUUUUUUUUUUUGAGAUGGAGUCUUGCUCUGUCGCCCAGGCUGGAGUGCAGUGGUGUGAUCUUGGCUCACUGCAAGCUCUGCCUCCCCAGUUCAUGCCAUUCUCCUGCCUCAGCCUCCAGAGUAGCUGGGACUACAGGCCCGCGCCACCACGCCUGGCUAAUUUUUUGUAUUUUUAGUAGAGAUGGGGUUUCACCGUGUCAGGCAGGAUGGUCUCGAUCUCCUGACUUCGUGAUCUGCCCGCCUCGGCCUCCCAAAGUGCUGGGAUGAUAGGCGUGAGCCACCACACCCGGCCUUUCUAAUUCUUUUAAUUGUGAUGUUAGAGUGUCAAUUUUAGAUCUCUCCUGCUUUCUCUUAUGGGCAUUUAGUGCUAUUAAUUUUCUUCUAUACACUGCUUUAAAAUGUCCCAGAGAUUCUGGUACAUUGUGUCUUUGUUCUCAUUGGUUUCAAAGAACUUCUUUAUUUAUGCCUUCAUUUCGUUAUUUACCCAGUAGUCAUUCAGGAGCAGGUUGUUCAGUUUCCAUGUAGUUGUGCAGUUUUGAGUGAGUUUCUUAAUCCUGAGUUCUAAUUUGAUUGCACUGUGGUCUGAGAGACAGUUUGUUGUGAUAUCUGUUCUUUUGCAUUUGCUGAGGAGUGUUUUACUACAAAUUAUGUGGUCAAUUUUAUAAUAAAUGCGAUGAGGUGCUGAGAAGAAUGUAUAUUCUGUUGAUUUGGGGUGUAGAAUUUUGUAGAUGUCUAUUAGGUCUGCUUGGUGCAGAGCUGAGUUCAAGUCCUGGAUAUCCUUGUUAACCUUCUGUCUCAUUGAUCUGUCUAUUAUUGACAGUGGGGUGUUAAAGUCUCCCAUUAUUAUUGUGUGGGAGUCUAAGUCUCUUUAUAUGUCUCUAAGGACUUGAUUUAUGAAUCUGGGUGCUCCUGUAUUGGGUACAUAUAUAUAUUUAGGAUAGUGAGCUCUUCUUGGUGAAUUGAUCCCUUUACCAUUAUGUAAUGGCCUUCUUUGUCUCUUUUGAUCUUUGUUGGUUUAAAGUCUGUUUUAUCAGAGAUUAGGAUUGCAAAUCCUGCUUUUUUUUUUUUUUGCUUUCCAUUUGCUUGGUAGAUCUUCCUCCAUCCCUUUGUUUUGAGCCUAUGUGUGUCUUUGCACAUGAGAUGGGUCUCCUGAAUACAGCACACCAAUGGGUCUUGACUCUUUAUCCAGUUUGCCAGUCUGUCUCUUUUAGUUGGGGUAUUUAGCUCAUUUACAUUUAAGGUUAAUAUUGUUAUGUUUAAAUUUGAUCCCAUCAUUAUGAUGUUAGCUGGUUAUUUUGCCUGUUAAUUGAUGCGGUUUCUUCAUAGCAUUGAUGGUCUUUACCAUUUGGCACGUUUUUGCAGUGGCUGGUACUGGUUGUUCCUUUCCAUGUUUAGUGCUUCCUUCAGGAGAUCUUGUAAGGCAGCCCUGAUGGUGACAAAAUCUCUCAGCAUUUUCUUGUCUGUAAAGGAUUUUAUUUCUCCUUCACUUAUGAAGCUUAGUUUGGCUGGAUAUGAGAUUCUGAUUGUUGAAAAUUCUAUCUGAUGGUUGAAAAUUCUUUUCUUUAAGAAUGUUGAAUAUUGGCCCCCACUCUCCUCUGGCUUGUAGGGUUUCUGCCGAGAGAUCCGCUGUUAGUCUGAUGGGCUUCCCUUUGUUGGUAACCUGACCUUUCUCUCUGGCUGCCCUUAACAUUUUUUCCUGCAUUUCAACCUUGGUGAGUCUGGCAAUUAUGUGUCUUGGGGUUGCUCUUCUCGAGGAGUAUCUUUGUGGUGUUCUCUGUAUUUCCUGAAUUUGAAUGUUGGCCUGCCUUGCUAGAUUAGGGAAGUUCUCGUGGAUAAUAUCCUGAAGAGUGUUUUCUAACUUGGUUCCAUUCUCCCCGUCACUUCCAGUACACCAAUCAAACGUAUAUUUGUUCUUUCCACGUAGUCCCAUAUUUCUUGGAAGCUUUGUUCAUUUCUUUUCACUCUUUUUUCUCUAAUCUUGUCUUCUCGCUUUAUUUCAUUAAUUUGAUCUUCAAUCACUGAUAUCCUUUCUUCCACUUGAUUGAAUCAGCAAUUGAAGCUUGUGCAUGUGUCACGAAGUUCUCAUGGCAUGGUUUUCAGCUCCAUCAGGUCAUUUAAGAUCUUCUCUACACUGUUUAUUCUAGUUAGCCAUUCCUCUAACUUUUUUUCAAGGUUUUUAACUUACUUGGGAUGGGUUAGAACAUGCUCCUUUAGCUCGGAGAAGUCUGUUAUUACCAACCUUCUGAAGCCUACUUCUAUCAACUUGUCAAACUCAUUCUCUGUCCAGUUUUGUUCCCUUGCUGCUGAGAAGGUGUGAUCCUUUGGAGAAGUGGCGCUCUAUUUUUUGGAAUUUUCAGCUUUUCUGCUCUGGUUUCUCCCUAUCUUUGCGGUUUUAUAUACUUUUGGUCUUUGAUGUUGGUGACCUACAAAUGGGGUUUUGGUGUGGAUGUCCUUUUUGUUGAUGUUGAUGCUAUUCAUUUCUGUUUAUUAGUUUUCCUUCUAACAGUCAGACCCCUCAGCUGCAGGUGUGUUGGAGUUUGCCGGAAGUCCACUCUAGAACCUGUUUGCCUGGGUAUCACCAGCGGAGGCUACAGAACAGUAAAUAUUACUGCCUGAUCUUUCCUCUGGAAGCUUCAUCCCAGAGGGGCACCUGCCUGUUUGAAGUGUCUGUCAGCCCCUACUGGGAGGUGUUUCCCAGUCAGGCUACACAGGGGUCAGGGACCUGCUUGAGGAGGCAGUCUGUCCAUUCUCAAAGCUUGAAUGCCAUGCUGAGAGAACCACUGCUCUCUUUAGAGUUGUCAGGGACGUUUAAGUCUGCAGAAGUUGUCUGCUGCCUUUUGUUCUACUAUGCCCUGCCGCUAGAGGUGGAGUCUACAAAGGCUGGUGGGCCUUGUUGAGCUGCGGUGGGCUCCACCCAGUUUGUGCUUCCUAGCCUCUUUGUUUACACUGUGAGCUACUCAAGCCUCAGCAAUGGUGGAUGCCCCUCCCCCCAUCAAGCUGCAGCGUAGCUGGUCGAUCUCAGACUGCUGCGCUAGUAGUGAGCAAGGCUCCAUGGGCAUGGGACCUGCCUAGCCAGGCAAGGGAGGGUAUCUCCUGGUCUGCGGUUGCUAAGACUGUUGGAAAAGGGCAAUAUUUGGUCAUGAGUGUACCCUUUCUCCAGCUACAGUCUGUUAUGGCUUCCCUUGGCUAGGAAAGGGGAAUCCUCCCCAACCUUGCAUUUCCCGGGUGAGGUGACACCUCGCCCUGCUUCAGCUCACCCUCUGUGGGCUGCACCCACUGUUCAACCAGUUCCAGUGAAAUGAACCAGGCACCUCAGUUGGAAAUGCAGAAAUCACCUGUCUUCUGCAUCAAUCUCACUGGGAGUUGCACACUGGAGCUGUUCCUAUUGGGCCAUUUGGAAGUGACCGGUUUUUUAUUUUAUAUUUUUAAUGCCCCUUCCUCAUUUCUGUUUUCAAUUUUUUCUUGUCAAGACAUUUGCCUUCUAUUUCAAUACUUAGUAUUUACUUUACAACUAAUUCUGAUUUGUGCUAACCAUAAUUUCUUCCUAAAUUUAAAAAACAUUAAGGACUUAAUUUUCCUGUCUUCCUUUUACACUUUAUAAAAAUUUUGAAACUGAUUUAAACAAGAACGCUAAAAAUAGUCUGUCAUGCUGAUUCAGAUCACUAUUUGACAUAAAUCAGGUGGAGACCUGGGCAUUCUCUGUUUGAUGCCCUCCCCCCUUGUCCCCACCUGGCUCCUCCAUACCCUGCUCUUCCUUGUCUGUCACUGCCCUAUGCUCUGAGUCUGACCCUCCACACUGCAUUUCCCAGGCUCCCACACUCUGGCUUCUGAUGGAGAUCAGCCAGUCUGGGUACCAGCAGGAGUCUUUAGGGUGGGGAGACAGUGAGUUUAGGUAUGUGGUCUGGCUAUGGCAGUGGGUUCCUAAGCCACAGAUCCUUUUAGGCAGUACAACUUCAAUGGCUCCACCUGUCACUGGAUCUGGUUAAUACUGUUUCCUUCUUCCCCUUCUAGCCUAAAAGAGUUAAUGGUUUCCUGCUACUGUCAGCCCCUGGGUGCCUUUUCAUCCCUUGAGGUUACCGUUGACACUACUCAAACAAAAUAAUGCUACCGUAACGUCCUGCAUGUCUCCAGUUUAUCUGAUGGAGCUGAACUAAUCUGAGUUUAUUAUGAACACAAGCAAAAAUUGUGCCAUCCUUCAUCAACAAAAAUACAGAAACCAUAGAUAUGAUGUCAGAAUUUGUUGCUAAUUUGCCACAGGAGCUGAAGUUAACCCUGUCUGAGAUGCAGCCAGCAUUACCGCAGCUACAACAACAUGUACCUGUAUUAAAAGAUUCCAGUCUUCUCUUUGAAGAAUUUAAGAAACUUAUUCGCAAUAGACAAAGUGAAGCCGCAGACAGCAGUCCUUCAGAAUUAAAAUACUUAGGCUUGGAUACUCAUUCUCGAAAAAAGAGACAACUCUACAGUGCAUUGGCUAAUAAAUGUUGCCAUGUUGGUUGUACCAAAAGAUCUCUUGCUAGAUUUUGCUGAGAUGAAGCUAAUUGUGCACAUCUCGUAUAAUAUUCACAUAUAUUCUUGAUGACAUUUCACUGAUGCUUCUGUCAGGUCCCAUCAAUUCUUAGAAUAUCUAAGAAACCUUUGUUGAUGUUUAGAUUUUUUUAUUUGAUGUGUAAGAAAAUGUUCUUUGUAUGAUUAAAUGACACUUUUUUUGCUGAAAAGCCUUUUUGUCUUUUUAUUAACAGUAUGAUUAUGUUGUGUUAUUCUUUUUAAUGCUGUUAACUUAAAAUUACAAUAAAACCUCUACCGCUUUAACCAUACGUAGUAACAGUAUAGUUGUUACAAUACCUAACACCAUAUAGUAGUAACAAUACCUAACACCAGUUACAUGAAAUGGACCAAAAUGUUUUAUUGAUAUUAACUCUUAGAUUGGAUAUACAUAAAGCCAUAA